UUAGCUCUAUUUAUUACCAUAUUUGGUCCGAUAAUUGAUUAUUUUUUAAGCUUUCUGCUUUUCUAUCACCUUUCAACAACCUUGCAUUAUAUCUCUACUACAAGAUAAAUUUGAGAGUACCAAAAUAAGUUACAAUUCAGGAGCAACAUGUCUAAUGAAGUUCAAUUACUCGAAAAUGUCGAGUUGAAGCUUGCCAUGUGCAAUACUGAUUCUCAACUCGAAAAGACAAUUCAAGUAUUCUUACCUCCAGUGCUUUUAAAGUUGGCAAGCACUAACCCCCAGGCACGAAAUAAAGUAAUGAUUAUUCUCUCACAUAUAAAUAAACGAGUCAAGUCCAACGACCAUAUCAAAUUACCUUUUGAAGCACUACUCGAUCAGUUUACCAAUGCCACCGUUUCCAACUUUGUCAAAACUUUUACACUCAUCUAUUUGGAAAUGGCCGCCAGUCGCUUAGCAGCAGAAGAAGUAGCGACGCAAUUGCCCAGAUUUUUGAAGGAUAUCAGUUUGAGACCACCUCAGCAACGGAUAGCUCUCUUGCAUAUUGUAUUACCGGUCUUGGAAAAGUGGAAAAUGGAUACAGAACAACAAUCCACAGCGAGGAAGGAUGUGUUUCACUUUGAAGAAAACUCAAAGGACGUCCCAAUCAUAUUGAGUUUUUUAUUGGAUAUUAUGCUAUACCAGCCAUUGACAGCAAGAGAGUUGGCAGACCAGCAGCAACAGCAAAGUGUAGAGGGAGCAUCGAGUGUGGAAGGAACUACACCAACAACUUCGAGAUUCCCCGGCCUUAGUCUACAAGCUCUUGAAGAAGUCACUAAAGGCAAAGUGCAAUGGUCGACAUCACAGUUGAAGGAUAUCAAGCUGGGCGUUUUGAAUUUCAUUUUGACACCUAUAUUCACCGACAGUGAAAGGCUGCUGUUGCUUUUGGUUGGCGCUUGCGAUCCCCAUCACCAGGUGGUUGCAGCUUCUGAGGAUGGUAUAAGACGUUGGACAGGCAAUGUAGAUUAUGAGAAUGUGAACACCAUCAAAGCACUUUAUAGAUUAUAUUUGGGAACUAAGCCAACAGCAAAAGGAGAUGGUAAAGAUGGUCGUGCACCGGCGUCUACUCCUAUCAAGUUGCGUAUUCUUCAAUAUUUGUCCAAAUCCAUUAUAGCAACAACCAUGGUGACAAUGAUGGUCCAAGUUAUUUUUGAUGGUAUAUACGGAGAGAAGACUACAAUCAAAUUACAAAGAUCUACCAUGUCAUUUUUACAGUGGUGUGCUAGGAUGAGCACAGAAGCAAACGUUGCACCUGUUGCACCUGUUUUGAUUUCGGGACUCUUAAAAUUUAUAAAGGAGAACGAUGAGAUGCAGCCUGGUUCUGAGGACAUCAAAGGUUACGCAUAUGUCGCUUGUGGUUUGAUCAUAAAGAAAGUGCCCAAAGUUGGCUUAUCGGAUACUCAGAUUCUUUCAUUAUUGUUUGACAAUUUGCAAAAGGAACAGAAAAAUGUACGAACUUAUGUUCAAGAUGCUCUUUCUUCCAUGAUACAGACCUACGUCGACUUGCCGGAGGAUUGUUCUAUUUUCACAGAAGUUCAGCAGAUCAUUCUCAAAGCUGUGCAAACGAAUGAUCCUUACUCCCGAUUGAUGGCUUUAAGAUAUGCCAAUGCAAUUUUCCCUUUUUCCUGUGUCUUUGCACGCUAUGUCUGUUUGUUAGGCACAUCCUCAUCUGUUGCUAAAUUAGAUGUGAAAGAAGAGGCUCAACGUGGCCUCACUCCUUUUGUUCGUAACAAAUAUGGCUUGGUGGAGAGUGUCGAUAUCGUUCCGCCAUCUGAAUUACCCAACUUUUCUGAACUCGUCACAUACAUCUAUGAACAUCGUCCUGAUCAACAGUAUUCUCUUCUUUCAAAAACGCCAGUGAUCAAAGGAUUUCCUGUGGAAGUGUAUUCUGAAAUUCUUCGUUUCCUAAGAUUGAUAUGGAUCCUGCAAGCCAACCGCACUACGAUAUUGAUGGAUCAAUAUGUAGCAGAAAAAGUAGAUAAUAGUAUUGUGGAAGAUCCCAGAGUGAUGGAGAAUUAUAGAAAUAGUUUGACAGAGAUGUGGUCUGAUACGGAUGAUCAAGUGGUGAUUCAACGUUGGCUUGAAUUCAUUGAGAAUGGGCUAAAACCAGAACUGAAAGACGCUAUUCUGUUAUCUACAUCAGCCAAGUCUCUAUUAGAGAUUAUCUCAUUAGGCCCAUCGUCUAUUGUAACAAUUUUCAAAGAUCGUCUCAGCUUUUCUAGGUCACUUACGCUAUCAGAAAAAAUAGAUACAAGAACGCUCAUGUCACAUAUUUUCGGUCUUAUGGCUAGUCAUGAAAGUGUUUCUAUUGCGGAAAUUGAAGACAUUUUAGGUGAGUAUGUUCGACUCUUGGAUGCCCCUGAAUCUACCAAGCAGCAAGUUCUCGACCAUCGCCAUGGCGCUGCUCUUUCGAUAGGUUACCUACUCAGCAGGUGCUUCUAUCGUCAACGCACUAUUCCGGAAGAUUUAUACGUGCAAUGCGUUACCUCUCUCACACGCUUGUUAGAGGGUCCUCCAAGUUCCUCUUUCUCUAUGCUGGCGAGUGCUGCUUGUCAAUCACUGGCAGAAAUGAGCCGCAUGCGUUUGUUGCCUUUUACGGCGGAAAAAAAGAUAGACAGAUCGAAGGACCAAGCGUUGAGUAUGCAAAGCAUCAUUGAAAAAUUGGCUCAUUUGGCUGCUCAUUGCAAAGAUGCCAAGGUUCAAGAGAAAGCUAUAUUGGCACUGGGUCAUAUGGUCAUACCACUGGUCAUAUCUGGUAAUCACUCAUCCUCUCUCAUUAAACUCAUUGUGGAAGCACUUUUCGCGACAGCGGAUACAAAACAGGUGGAGCUUGCUUUUGCCGCGGGUGAGUCUUGGUCUGUCCUCGCCUUUGGUUGGAGCUCACAGGCAAUGCAAAAGUACAAAGAUAUCAACAGUAUCAGUUACCCCACUGACUACAACUACAAUGAUCAAUUCUUGGAAAUUAUGGAAAGGAUCAUGCGUACCUACGUGGUGAGCAAUCGCUCGUGGUAUCGCAAGGCUGGCUGCAUUUGGCUUUUAUCUAUUUUGAAAUUUGGCAAAAACCAUGUUCUCGUCCAGCAGAACCUGGGUAACAUACAUGCUUCCUUUUCCCGCUUAUUAGCCGACCGCGACGAUUUCACCCAAGAAUGCGCUUCCAAGGGCUUGGGUCUUGUUUAUGAGUAUGGCGAUGCAAAGCUCAAAGAGGACAUGCUUUAUUCCUUGGUGGGUGUCUUUUCAGAAGGACGACAAAUCCAGGCGCAAUCGGUGACGGAUAAUACUGUCUUGUUCGAAGAAGGACAAUUAGGUGAGACACCAGAUGGGAAUUCGAUUACUACUUAUAAGGAACUGUGUUCUUUGGCCUCUGAAUUGAACCAGCCCGAUCUUAUCUACAAAUUUAUGAAUUUGGCUAAUCAUAAUGCUAUGUGGACAUCACGACGCGGCGCUGCUUUUGGAUUUCAAAACUUGAUGGCAGUGGCCGAAAAAGAAAUGGAGCCUUACUUGUCUCGUUUGAUCCCCAAGCUCUAUCGUUAUCAGUUUGAUCCCAAUGUUCGUGUUAAUCAGACAAUGAAGUCUAUCUGGCGGUCUCUUGUGAAAGACAAUCAAAAGACGGUCGAUACGUAUUUCAACGAAAUCAUAGAGGAUGUAUUGAGCGGUUUGAGUAAUAGUCAAUGGCGCAUUCGCGAAGCGUCCUGUGCAGCAGUGACGGAUUUGAUCGUCGGCCGGCAGUUAGUGCAAAUAGAGCCGUACUUGGAGAAGUUGUGGCAAAUGUGCUUCCGGGCUUUAGAUGACAUUAAAGAUUCUGUUCGACAAGCAGCAACGCAGACGUGCCGCUCUUUAACACGAUUAACAGUGCAUUAUUGUGACCCUACGAUGGUGGCGAUGGAAGAUGGCCUCAAGGUGAUGAAAAUUGUCAUGCCCUUCUUGUUGGAACGAGGUAUCGUAUCGGAUGCUGAAGACGUACGUAAAUUCAGUCUGGAUGCUGUUCUUCGCGUUUGUAAGACCGGCGCAGGGCUUUUAAAGAAAUAUAUACCUGACGUGGUCGAUACUCUAUUGCAAUCAUUGUCUUCACUUGAGCCGCAGGCAAUGAAUUAUUUGAGUUUCCAUGUUGACAAGUACAACAUUUCACAAGAACAAUUGGAUAAUGCCCGUCUAAGCAGCGCAAAGAACUCGCCUAUGAUGGAUGGCAUCGAGCAAUGUAUAAGUCAAAUAGAUGAUGAUGUGAUGAAGGAGCUGACGCCUCGUAUUUUAUAUAUUGUCAGGAAGGGCACUGGCCUUCCUACAAAGGUCCUCCCACCCACGUCAAUGAUACUGCAGGCUGGUUGUGCUCGUUUUAUUGUCAGUUUAGUGAUGAAUCGCAGAAGUACCUUUAAACCGUUUGCUGACGAUUUCCUUAAAGCACUCAGCGGUACGAUUCGUUCAAAGAACCCAGUUGUUCGUAAAUCAUACGCCACAGCCAUUGGCUACGUUUGUCAACUUGUCACCGAUGCGCGUUUAGUGUCUAUUGUUAAGCAUUUAAAAAAGCUGUACGUCGAUGAGGAAGAUGAGGACUUUAAAGCAGGUAGUGCUGUUACUGCUGUUGAAAUAACUCGAUUUGCCACAGAUAGAGCCAAAGCUAUUGGAGAUUCGAUCGUGCCUCUCAUCUAUUUUGGUGUGCACGACCCAGAUGCUGACCUUCAAGAAUUAUGGAAAUCUGCUUGGGAAAACCUGACGUCGGGUACCAAGAGUAUGGUCGUUAUUUAUGCAGACGAAAUCAUUGAGUUUGUCGAACCGUUGCUGUCAUCCUCUUCUUGGAAGGUAAAGCAAGCAGCAGCUCUUACGAUUGCAGAUAUGUGUAGGUCAUCCGACAAGAGUAUUCUAAAGCACACGGGUAAACUCCUGCCUGUGCUUAUGGCGACGUUAGCUACAAGGUCCUGGGAUGGUAAGGAAAAAGUGUUGGACGCCAUGGUGCAAUUAUGUAUAGCGGCCAAAGCUACCUUCAACACUGAACAGCAAGUUGCCACGUUGGACGAAAUCAACGCUAUUAUGGCGAGAGAAACGAAACGAAGAAACCGUGUCUAUCAACGUCACGCGCUUGCUUCUUUGGCGCAAUUUAACGAUAGUUUUGGGGAUAGUUGGGAUCUUUUAGAUAGCCAACAGGAGUUUUUGACAGAACUGUGUAUAUUAGAUGAAGCCGACGCUAUGGAAGAAGACGACAGUGAUAAUAUCAAGCCAAUUUUACUCAUGAUCAAAGCCAAUGCGUUCAAAGCGUUAACGGCAGCUUACCGACCCCAGACGUAUCAACAACAUGAAGCAAAAACAUAUGAGCUUGUGAGCUUAAUGACUGGAUGUCUAUCGGGUAACGUGUGGAAUGUGCAACUGGCUAUCCUGCAGAGCCUUCGCACGUUGGUCUCUCAUGGAACACAGGAAGGGUUAUCGCAGCCAGAAACUGUCCAGCUUAUUUUAAAAGCACUCAUGGAAGCCUUAGACAACAUGAAGUAUUCCGCUAUUCGCUCUGCUGCUGUCGAUGUUUUAGAAGAGUUGAUGAAGGCUCAUUUAGUGAAAGACGACAUCAACAGCCGACUUGCAAAGUAUAUAAAUCAAGAGCCUGUUGCCUCCAUCAAAGAUAGGUUAAAAGCACUCUCUACUCAAUCCCGAGUGUGAUGAUACACAUGACAAGUGUAUUCUACUAUACAUAACUGUAUAUGUGCUAUUCUUUGGGUACGCAGUGUGACUUGUAUAUUUUUCUUAUUUGAAAAUAAAUGAUUUGAAAGUAGUUUUAACCCUAUUAUUCAAAAACGUUUUGCAAACAAUGGAAAAAAGGGGGUGUUC